CGGCGUGCGGACGCCACACGCUCCGGAAGUGGGAGGUGUUUCCCGCAGUUUGUGUGGCGGCGCCCGCGGGAACGCCAGCCUGGUGGUUUAAGUACUACAGAGGAAAGCGAGGUUUUGAGCCUUGCUGGCGUGGGACUGAGCGCGUGUCCGGGCCCGGCGGCUGUCUUCUGGCGCGCGAGCCGGCAUGGAGGAGGCACGGAGCAGGCAGCCGCGCGGCGAGGCCGGGGCGCAAAAAGCAACCGUACGAGUUUGAUGGCCAAGAAAUAAAAGGAUCUAAGUUCAUUACCUCCAACGGAAGUGAUUUCAGUGACCCAGUUUACAAAGAGAUUGCUAUUACAAAUGGUUGUAUUAAUAGAAUGAGUAAGGAAGAACUCAGAGCUAAACUUUCAGAAUUCAAACUUGAAACCAGAGGAGUAAAGGAUGUACUAAAGAAGAGACUGAAAAACUAUUAUAAGAAGCAGAAGCUGAUGUUGAAAGAGAGUAACUGUGCUGACAGUUACUAUGAUUACAUUUGUAUUAUUGACUUUGAAGCCACUUGUGAAGAGGGUAACCCACCUGAGUUUAUACAUGAGAUAAUUGAGUUUCCCGUUGUUUUAUUGAAUACGCACACCUUAGAAAUAGAAGAUACAUUUCAGCAGUACGUGAGACCAGAGAUUAACACACAACUUUCUGAUUUCUGCAUCAGUCUUACUGGAAUUACUCAGGAUCAGGUAGACAGAGCUGAUGUUUUCCCUCAGGUACUGAAAAAAGUAAUUGACUGGAUGAAAUUGAAGGAGUUAGGAACAAAAUAUAAAUAUUGCAUAUUAACGGAUGGUUCAUGGGAUAUGAGUAAGUUCUUGAAUGUUCAGUGCCAGCUCAGCAGACUCAAAUAUCCUUCUUUUGCUAAAAAGUGGAUCAAUAUUCGAAAGUCAUACGGAAACUUCUACAAGGUUCCUAGAAGCCAGACCAAACUGACAAUAAUGCUUGAAAAAUUAGGAAUGGAUUAUGAUGGGCGGCCUCAUAGUGGUCUUGAUGAUUCUAAGAACAUUGCCAGAAUAGCAGUUCGAAUGCUUCAGGAUGGAUGUGAACUCCGAAUCAAUGAGAAAAUGCACUCGGGACAGCUAAUGAGUGUGUCAUCUUCCUUACCAAUAGAGGGCACUCCAGCUCCACAAAUGCCACAUUUUAGAAAGUAGCCAAUUUAUGUCUGGAUCACCCUAACUGAAGUUAUUAUAAAGAGGUAGCAAAUGAAUACUGAUCAAAUUAGUCCUGCAGUGCAAACUUAAAGCACCUUAAACAUUUAAAAUUUUGUUACAGUUGUGGAUAGAUACUAUGUGUGUGUAUGGACAGAUUUUGUCACCAGCACUUUUGAUAAGACAGUAUGUGUUACACAGUAACAAUUCCUGCUUAGAAUUGCAUUUUAUAAUUUAAGGUAUCUCUCUGAUGUGUUCUUUUUAGUUUUGAAAUGCAUAAUUUUAUUGGUUCUUUAAAUGUCACAGCUUUUUGAUGUUGAAAUAUAGAAUAUUUCUACAUUACUAUAUUAAAUCAUUUCUUAUUAAAAUGCAGAAAGAUUAAAAGGUAGGCCUUAUCUUGUUGUUGGGUUUUAUGAUGGUGAUGGUCAUAGUCUGCUUGAGUCUUCAAGUUUAUAUGUGCAGUUCAGCUCCAGUCCUCCCUCAGUAUUCUCAGGGCACUCACUCCAGGACCCUGACUGCACACCAAAGUCCCAGGGGCUCCAGUCCUUCACAUAAAGUGGCAUAGUGUUUGCAUAUAACCUGCACAUGUCCUCCUGUAUUACUUUAAAUCAUCUCUAGUUAGUUAUAGUACCUUAGAAAAUGUAAGUACUAUGUAAAUAGUUUUAUGCUGUGUUAUUUAGGGAAUAAUGACAAGAAAAAGAAGUUUGUAUAGAUUCUGUACAGACAGAAACAUCAUAUGCCUAACAUACCACACAGAGCCAGGUGCAGGAUUUGCAAUGCAGAACCAUGAGCACUGGGGGAAGCCUAAAGAGCUGUGAAACGGCUGGAAGCUGAAGCAGGGGUACUGCACAGUGCUCCAUUUCUGUGGAUUCAGCAUAGUGCUUGGCACAUGGAAAAUUCGUUUGUGUUUUGGAAUUUUUUUCCCUAAAUAUUUUCAUUCUGCAGUUGCUUGGACCCAUAGACAUAAAACCCACAAAUAUGGAGGGCAAACUAUAUAUAGUAAGUUCCAUAAAGUACAUGUCAUACGCAUCUGCUUAUUUCUUUCCAACUCAUGAUUGGAAAACUUGUGAUAUAUUAUGGGACCUGGUUCAGAAUUUAUUACUUAUGAAAUUAAUGCAAAAUCAGAAGAAAACACUUUAAAUGAAUAUCAUAAGGGCUGUCGCUCAAAUGUUAUAUAGUACAUAAAUAAAUGAGUGUGAUUUUCUUUUUGGAUUUGGUUGUUUGGUUUCCCUUUCUCUUAUGACUUACAUCUGCUGUAAAUUUAAAUGUAAGCAGUGGUGCUUUGAAAGACUUUAUAGUAUUACAUCACCAUUUGAUUUUACAUUUGUAUUUAGUAUCAUAAGGGAGAUUAAUAAAGUCAAGGUUUUCUAUCACAUCUUAUAUUUUUAUUGUUAAAAGCUUCAUUGGCUAACAGUGGAGUUUGUUAAUAAAAUAUUUGGUUGUCUGAUUUUA